AUGACGUCAUAUAGACCACAGCACCGAUUUUAUGCUAGCAAACUAGCAGAAGAGAAUAGAUUGCAUUCCUUGAGAAAUGGUUGUGGAAGCAGUGUGCAUCGUCCAACACCUAUCUAUUUGGCCCCGGGUCCCUUGAGAGUGCUCCAAGAAGAUUGGGCACUAGAAGCGCAAAUGACUCCCAACACACUUCCAUCUCAAGCCAGCAAAGAAAUGGUCGAGAAGGGAGACGUAUGUCUGAGAGACAAGACAAGCGAGAUAAAAGACAAAAGACAAGAUGGUGGUCAUCAACGUUUUAAAGAAAUUGGCUCGAGGCAUUUGUCAGCAUUUUCUUCAAAACGCAAAGAAACUGUGCAAAGUUCAAGAAAUGACGAAAGAAUGUCUGGCCUUCAAACUGAAGCAGUAGACGAGAAAUUACGAGGGGAUAAACAACGAUAUCAGGUAACCCCAGGAGCUUUGAAUCCAGACGAUAAAGAUGACAAGAACACCUGGAAUAACGAGUGUAAUGAAGAAUGUUUUAAUGCAAAAUUCAAGAUUAAAGAAGAGCCACUUAAUAGUCCCAUAGACUCUGAACCGAAUAGCGUCGAUAAAGAUCCUGUCCAUCAACAAGAGGAAUUCAGUUUUCGGGUCUAUGGGACAGACCAUGCGCUAUUGCUGCCACAAAUCCCCAGUGAGGUACCAACAUAUGCCGAACACAGAUCUUUUUCAUCAUCAGUACAGACAACUGAUAAUUCUGCAGGUGCUAGAAGUUUGAACUUCAAUCAAGACCCAAGUUCUACCAAGUUUCAAUCCUCGGGAAAAGACAGUAGCGUUGAAGGCAACCAGCAACAGAAACCAAAACACAUCUGUGAUGAGUGUGAAAGGUCGUUCACUCGAUCCAGUACGCUUGUCACACAUAAGAGGAUUCACUCGGGCGACAAGCCCUUUUCUUGUGAAGUCUGUGGACGCGCAUUCCGUCAGCCUGGUAACCUCUCCCGCCAUCGUCUCACUCACACAACAACCAAGCCAUACGUGUGCCCGCACUGCAACAAAGCCUUUAACCGUGCGUCCAACUUACACACCCACAUGCGCACGCACAGUGACUACAAACCUUACGCCUGCGAUUUUUGUGACAAGCGAUUUCAUCAGAAGGUUGAUAUGAAAAUCCAUCGGUAUACCCACACAGGAGAGAAGCCGCAUAAAUGUUCCAAAUGUGGGCGUGGUUUCAAGCAACUGACGCAUCUGACGUACCACAUGAGAACCCAUUCUGAUGUCCGUAUGUAUCAAUGUGAAUUCUGUGGCAAAGGUUUCAACCAGAAGGGUAAUCUACAAGCACACAGGUACAGACAUACCGGCGAGAGACCAUUCAAGUGCAAUGUGUGUGGUAAAGGGUUUACCUUAGCGUCGACAAGGAACACCCAUCUCCGAACACAUGCCGAUAAAAAGCCAUUUGAAUGUCAAUACUGUGGGAAGGCUUUCUACCAGAAGAAUGCGCUAAAAACCCAUUAUAUAGCUUCACACCCCUACAGUGGCGGAGUACUCAUUCUGUAA